CACAUAUAAGGCCCCGACGACCGUUCAACGAGGCCCAGUAGUCUCUAGUCAUCAAUUCAAACGCGUUACCACGACUGGAUCAUCAUACAAAGUGACACUCUUUCUCUCUCUUUCUUUCUCAACCAACGUCAUCCUUCGUCAGAAUGAAGACGGAGGUCCUUUUUCUUUUAGUUUGCUUUGGAGCUGUUACCGCUUUGACGAGAAAGCAAGAAGCCGCCGAGCAGAGUCGCCGAAGGACUGCUUUGGCGACAACGGUGAAGAAACAGCAGUCGACUGCAGAGGAGGAAUACGAGGACGAUGAAGAGCUUCUGGAUCAGUGUCCUGAGCCCAAUGGUUAUUUUCCUGACGCGGAACAAUGCGACAAAUAUUACGACUGUCGAGAUAACAAAAUAACGGAAAAACUCUGCCCCGAUGGUCUCGUCUUCAAUGACUUCAGCCCGCAACACGAGAAAUGCGAUUUGCCAUUCGGUAUCGAUUGCACGAAGAGACCUAAGCUACAAAAGCCGCAACCGUCGUCACAUUGUCCUCGCAUGCACGGUUACUUCGCCCACGAGGACGCUAGGAAUUGUGACACCUUCUACUACUGCGUAGAGGGCAAGUACAACAUGAUCACCUGUCCGGAAGGUCUCGUCUUUUCCGAGAAGACUGGAAUUUGUAACUGGCCGGACGAAGCGCAGAAGAAGGGUUGCGGUUCUCGCGAGCUCUUCAAUUUCACCUGCCCGAAGGUGGACGAUAGCGUGGCCGCGACGCACCCACGCUAUCCCGACACCGAGGACUGCCAAUAUUUCUACGUAUGCGUCAACGGUGAAAUCCCGAGGCGAAGCGGAUGCAAACUUGGCCAGGCGUUCGACGAGCGCACCGGGAAGUGCGAUUGGGCUAGGAAGAUACCCGAAUGCAAAGACUGGUACAAAGAUCAGCUGACUGAUGAAGAACUGGACGCCUUGGAGAAUCCACCGCCGAAGCCUAAACCCUCUGGUGGACCAAGCAGAAGAAAAAGUAGCAGGCCGACCCACGAGUAAAAUAUUGUCUUUAGAUUAUUUAUAGAUCUUAAGUCUCUUUAUUCUUUGAAACCGUUUGUAUAAUAAACUUAUCUUUAUUAUAAA